AUACACUUAUGAUUCAUGGUCACACUGGUGGGGAAAAAAGAAAAUACAUUUUAAAACUCUGCGCUGCCAAUAAACAGAUAUUUACAAGUAAAAAAAUUUACAAUUUGUGUGGAAAGUAAUCUUUGAACUGCGGCGCGUGUGCCAGCGCAUUGCAUUCGUGGAGUACACAACCAUUUCCAGUGAUAUAAGCAAAGUACAAAACGGUCGCCGCUUCCUCUUGGACCUCGACUACGCUCGCUGAACUCCCGUUUGCAGACAAAGAAAGGAUAGGUUAAAACGCACACAUAGUCACGACUCACGAUGUCAACCGGAAGGCCCAUAAAAUGUGUUGUCGUUGGUGACGGCACCGUCGGAAAGACUUGCAUGCUAAUCUCCUACACAACAGACAGUUUUCCCGGUGAAUAUGUGCCUACAGUCUUCGAUAAUUACUCCGCACCCAUGCAAGUGGACACAAUACAGGUCUCGCUGGGACUCUGGGAUACAGCGGGGCAGGAGGACUACGACCGCCUGCGUCCACUCUCCUACCCACAGACAGAUGUUUUCCUGAUAUGCUACAGUGUGGCGAGUCCCUCGUCAUUCGAAAAUGUCACCUCGAAAUGGUAUCCGGAGAUAAAGCACCACUGUCCCGACGCGCCCAUUAUUCUAGUUGGCACUAAAAUCGAUUUGCGGGAAGAUCGUGAGACGUUGAGUGGCCUGGCCGAACAGGGUCUGACGCCGCUAAAGCGCGAGCAAGGUCAGAAGCUGGCGAAUAAAAUACGCGCUGUGAAAUACAUGGAGUGCUCCGCCUUGACGCAGCGCGGCCUUAAGCAAGUGUUCGAAGAAGCGGUGCGUGCCGUACUCAGACCAGAGCCAUUAAAGCGACGUCAGCGAAAGUGUCUAGUUAUGUAAAUAAGAUAGCAGCAAGUUAUUUGCUUUGUAACGACCACAAAGAGAGAGAGAAUACUCGGAAGCAGUAGCACAUACAACACACAGACAGAAAGCACACCUUUUGAGCGCCCUCAUCUACCUUAAAGUGAACACGAAUCAAAAACAGAUAAACAGACGACCAACUCCUUUCAUUGAGCACUACUGAGCCACACUCUUUGUUUAAGUUCAAAAUUAUUUGUAUCGUAUUAUUGUGGAACAGACAGCAAAACGACUCCCUCCCGUAAAACAGCAACAGCAGGAACAGGAAAAUCAAUCUAAUGUAUCUAAAUCAGCUAUAGAAAUCUAGUCAAUUGAAUCGAAUGUAUUUGAACUAAUUGUAACAGGCAGCAGCGCACGAGAAAAUUAUAAUGAAGCAAAGCAUUGGUUUCGUUUCGCAUAUCAUAUCUCCUAAUUUCACCCCCAUUAAAUGUAAUAUAAUUAUCUAGCCAAGAGUUAAAGCAAAAAAGCCCUCUCCUAAAACUAAAGCCCAGGCCAAUCCCCCCGUGACGACGACGAGCUCUUAGAUAAAGCAUUCUUUAUACGAUAUUUAAGCAUAAUGCAUUUUUUUACUCGACAACUCGACCCUCGUCGAACCGUUAUCAUAAUCAAGCUUACUUGACGCUCAUUUGACACUUCUGUCGCUUGGAAAUUGUAACCAACUGUUGUUUUGUUUAAGUAUUAUUUUAUAAUUACUUAUUUAUUAUCCUAACUUUAAAGAAGGCAAUGUUUAAACAACUUUUACGGCGUAAGGAUAGCAAAAUGGUUUAUGUAAAUGGAAUGGAAAAACUGCAUUUAAAUGUGACGACGCGACUC